CACCGGUCCUUCUGCUGAAAAGCAACUAGCUGCUACUAUCAGGAAACAUAAGGGGAAGAGGAGGUAUCGACCCAGCACCUACUUGCUACUUGUGCUCCUGUUACUGUGAAGAUAACGUACAAUACAGAUCACUGCAUUUGUCAGUAAAGGAUAAACAUUAUAAGAAUAUCUGACAAAAUCGGUUGCGCUGAAGAAGACAAUGUCUGACAAGACCGAAAACCAAACCUCAGACCUUCCUGAUGCACACGGAGAUGGCUCAGCAGUUGAGCACAGAGGAGAACCGUACGUGUGUUAUCAGGUGAAGACUGAGCAGGAUGAAGUUCCUAUAAAUACGGCUACAGGGCGUGUGGAGGAAAACCCGGGCACUGGGCUAUUAAAAGUGAAGGAGGAGGAUGAGACGGAAGACAUGAAAAGUCAUCAGACUGAAAUACAUUGCUCCCUCCCUGCCGAUGAAGAUUACGCUGAUAUAGUGAAAGUGGAGAUAACAGAAGAUCUGUUUGUGAGACGUCAGCUGGGAGCCCAGGAUGGGAAAACCUGUGACAGUAUCAGCCCAGGCUGUAUGGAUGUGACGCCUACAAAUGGUGCAUCAGUUGAGCACGGAGGAGAACCUUAUGUGAGUGAUCAGGUGAAGACUGAGGAGGAUGAAGUUCCUAUAAAUACGGCUACAGGUGAUGUUAAGACUGAAGUCACACUUAAUGCUGAACAUAGUAAUGAUCUGUAUGUAAAGAGUCAGCAGAAAGCUGUGAAGCAGGAAAUCAGUGACAAUAUCAGUACAGGUGAAUUCACAAACUGCAGUAAUCUUAGUCAUGGUCAGAGUGCAGAUGCCUCUUCCAGUCUUCUCCAAAAUCAAAGCAACGUAGAAAAUGUAUGUACUGAAUGUGGGAAAAGUUUCACAGAGAAAUCAGAUCUCAUUGACCAUCAGAAAAUUCAUACUGGAGAGAAAACAUUUUCAUGUUCUGACUGUGGGAAAUGUUUUACUCAGAAAUCAGUUCUUAUUGAUCAUCAGAAAAUUCAUUCAGGAGGGAAAGCAUUUUCAUGUUCUGACUGUGGGAAAUGUUUUACUCGAAAAUCAGUUCUUAUUGAUCAUCAGAAAAUUCAUACAGGAGAGCAACCAUUUUCAUGUUCUGACUGUGGGAAAUGUUUCACUCGAAAAUCAGUUCUUAUUGAUCAUCAAAAAAUUCAUACAGGAGAGAAAGCAUUUUCCUGUUCUGAGUGUGGGAAAUGUUUUACUUGGAAAUCAGAUCUUAAUAAACAUCAAAAAAUUCACACAGGAGAGAAAGCAUUUUCAUGUUCUGAGUGUGGGAAAUUUUUUACUCGAAAAGCAGUUCUUAUUAGGCAUCACAAAAUUCACAAAAGAGAAAAAGCAUUUUCAUGUUCUGACUGCGGGAAAUGUUUUGCUUGGAAAUCAAAUCUUAUUACGCAUCACAAAAUUCACACAGGAGAAAAAGCAUUUUCAUGUUCUGACUGUGGGAAAUGUUUUAUUGGGAAAUCAGAUCUUAUUAAACAUCACAAAAUUCACACAGGAGAAAAAGCAUUUUCAUGUGCUGAUUGUGGAAAAUGUUUUACUCAGAAAUCAGUUCUUAUUAGGCAUCAAAAAAUUCACACAGGUGAUUUAAAAGCAUUUUCAUGUUCGGACUGUGGAAAAUGUUUUACUUGGAAAUCAGUUCUUAUUAGGCAUCAAAAAAUUCACAACAAAUAAAGUGAAACCACAGUAUAAGAAGGUGCGCUAUAUAAAAAAAAUUAAGUGAGCAGUAUCUAAAUACUCAUCAAAAACUAAACAAAAAUGAAUAUGAGAUAUGGCUUAUAUACAACAUUAAUCAUCAAAUACUGAAAGAUAUAUAUCUAAAAGUCCCAUCAAAAGACAAGUGUCCAAAAAAAGGCAGCACACCCAAGAAGAAAUGAUCAAUAUUCACUGUCCUGAAACACAAAAGGAGAAGUGCCACAUAGUGGAAACCAGUACGAUAAGUGCAGAAUUAUGGUAAGACAAAGAUAAACUCACAAGGGAGGUGGGCAGUGCCAGAUACACUUUUUAACUAAAGUGUUAUACUUCCCCGUUUUGCUAUAUUGUAUUCCCUGCUGCUAUACCCUCUCUCCCUUGCUACCGACCUCAGACUCCUCCAUUGGCUUUUUGCUGGGAUUAUUUGGCGUAUGGUGCCGCUCAUGGGACCUCUUAUGAUUCUCUGCCUUGCAACUUCGUUGUACCAGCGGGUGUGUUUGGAGUUGGGUCGUGACACCUGUGACAUGAGUCAGUUGAGCGGCUAUGAAGCCUCGACUUGCUUAUCUGGCACUUGUGGUGCCCACCUCCCUUGUGAGUUUGUUUUUGGUUUACAAUAAUCCUGCAUUUAUCGUACUGGUUUGCCCUAUGAUGCACCUCUCCUUUUUUUUUUCAAAAAUCUUUUUAUUGAGAAUCCAAGAGAAACAAAAACACAAGUACAUAAGAAUGUCGAAUUACAUAAGUUCAGAUGUUUACAUAAGAAGUCAAUAUGACCGAAAGUAAUCCUAUGUAUAAACAUGUGUAAAUAAAAGCAUAUUUCAGA